UAUUUGGUACGAGGGUCUCCCAGGGUGGAGGAAGCGAAACACCAUAUCGAAAUUCACAAUUUGCCUCGGACUAUGCCUAAUUAUGCCAUUUAUGGCCAUCUAUUAUUGGACUUUCCCACUCAGUAAAAUAGGAAAGCUUUUACGAACACCGUUUAUGAAGUUUUUAUACCACAGUGCAUCCUUCGUGACGUUUCUGGUAUUAUUAAUGUGGGCGUCUACAGAGAUCUCGAGUCUGAAAGACAGGGAAAACCUACGAGGUCCACCGCCAACCACACUAGAGUGGCUUGUGUGUAUUUGGGUAACAGGGUUUAUCUGGUCAGAAUGUAAACAGUUAUGGGAGGAAGGUCUAAAAGCCUACAUUCGUCAAUGGUGGAACUGGAUGGAUUUUAUCAUGCUCUCAUUGUAUCUAACGACCUUCACCUUGCGCUUUGUCGCGUAUUUCCAGAUGGAGUCUGGGAAAUAUGGCCCGCGUUCCAUGGAGCGCAAGAAUUGGCCGCUUUACGAUCCAACGAUGGUUUCGGAGGGACUAUUUGCAGUGGCCAACGUGUUUAGUUUUGCCAGGAUUAUAUUUCUUUUCCAAGCUGAUCAGUACUUGGGACCUCUCCAGAUAUCUUUGGGUUGUAUGUUGAUAGACAUUGCCAAAUUUAUGUUGAUAUUUUUUCUUGUGUUGACUUCGUUUGCCUGUGGGCUUAACCAACUCUACUGGUAUUACACUCCGGAUUCUGGGAACCCGCCUUCUUUUUAUACUCUAGAGAACAGUUAUCGGACAUUAUACUGGUCACUGUUCAGUCUGACCCAACUGAAGGACAUUAAGAUCAACAACAGUCAGUAUUUUACAGAAACUGUAGGGGAACUACUUUUUAUGGUGUAUCACACAAUGGCGGUAAUUGUUCUCAUCAACAUGCUCAUUGCAAUGAUGUCAAAUUCAUUCCAAGAAAUCGAGAAUCAUGCAGAUAUGGAAUGGAAAUUUUCAAGGUCAAAGCUUUGGAUGGGCUACUUCGACGAAGGCUCGACACUUCCGCCUCCCUUUAACCUCAUAAUAAGCCCAAAAUCUAUUGGAUAUUUCUUCCGGGCAAUUAAAAAUAUAUUUUGUUCAUGUUGCAAGAAAUCCUCUUUUCAAAAUAUCAGACGAAAACGAAACAAGUCUACAGAAGACAAUAUAAAGACCAGAGAAAGUUCAUCUGUGAACCUGAAUAACUCGCAUGCAGAUGGAAUUUUGUUAGCCCAACCUUUACAAGCUACAACGGCACACAAACAGCAUUAG